GCGGUGACGUCGGGGAGGCUCCGCCUGGUGCCGAAAUUCCAUGAGAAAAACUGGAAAAGCUGGAUGGAGAGCGCGGGGGACUGGUGCCUUUCCCGCCAGCUCUGGUGGGGUCACCGCGUCCCCGCCUACCAGGUGCGGGCCGGCCCCGCCCCCAGGUGUCCCCGAGGUGCCCCAGGUGUCCCCGAGGAGCAGCAGGAGGGGGAGGGGCCGUGGUUCGUGGGGCGCAGCGAGGCCGAGGCGCGGGCGGCGGCCGCGGGGGCCCUGGGCUGCCCCGCCCGCGAGCUGCACCUGGAACAAGACCCCGAUGUUCUGGACACCUGGUUCUCCUCCGCCCUCUUCCCUUUCGCCACCCUGGGCUGGCCCGAGCAGAGCGCCGAUUUUGGCCGUUUUUACCCCAAUUCCGUGCUGGUGACGGGCAGUGACCUCCUGUUCUUCUGGGUGGCCAGGAUGGUCAUGCUGGGCCAGCAGCUGACGGGACAGCUGCCCUUCACGCAGGUGCUGCUGCACUCUCUGGUCCGGGACCCCCAGGGCCGCAAGAUGAGCAAAUCCCUGGGCAACGUCAUCGACCCCCGCGACGUCAUCGGGGGCGCCACGCUGCAGGAGCUGCAGGAGAAGCUCCAGACGCGAACCCUGGACCCGCAAGAGCUGCGGGCGGCCCAGGAGGGGCAGAGGCCCCAAAAUAGUUCCCCAAAGGGGGAUCCCCGAGUCGGGCCCUGGGACCCUGAGGCUGGCCCCCCCGAAAUCCGGGUGGGCGUGGCCUCGGUGCUGACUCAGCGCCGCUUCUGCAACAAAGUCUGGAACGCGCUGGGGCUGGUGCUGGGGGCGCUGCAGGGGCUGGGGAACCCCCCGAGACCCCCCGAGGAGGUGGUCCCGGUGGCACCCCUGGACCGCUGGCUCCUGGCCCGCCUGGCCGGGGCCGUGGCCGAGUGCAGCCGCCGCCUGGAGGCGCUGGAGGUUCACGGCGCCGUGGCCGCCGUGCAGAACUUCUGGCUGCGGAACUUCUGCGACGUCUACCUGGAGGUGGCCAAGGUGUCGCUGCGCUGCCCGCGGCUCCGUGCCGGCGCCCAGGCCCGCGCUGGCGAUUCCCGCCAGCUGGGGCUGCGCCUCCUGCUCUGGCGAUUUUGCCUGCCCCUGCGCCCCAUUUAG